GCUCCUCGGCGAGCGCCGCCCGGCGGACGGGCUCGAGAGACCGGCCGCUCGCGGCGGCGUGCGGGGGGCGCGCGGGGCCGGCCCGGGCACCGCGGCGGCGGCGUGGGGCGCGGCUGGGCUCCUGGCGCAGGGCGGGGCACACCACGCUCCUGGACCUCCCCAACGGCCUCCGCGGCAGUGAGGACUCCAUCGGCGCCCUCGUGUCCCAGGCGGGCGAGGACCAGGCAGCGGUGCAAGGCGGCGGUCGCCUGCUCCGUGCCGCCCGAGCUGGAGUCGGAGUCGCCGCUCCUGCGGAGGGCUGCGGAGUCCCCAGCUGA